AUGGAGGGUGAGCGAUUUUGUAAUGGACAGGAACAAAGAGACAACGUGAAAUUUUGCUUUAAACCUAGAAAGUUUGCUUCAGAGAUAUUGAACAUUCUUCGGCAAGCUUACGGCGACGAGGCGAUGGGUCGUACACAAUGUUUUGAUUGUGAGGGGCGUUUCAAACGUGGAAGCAAGUCCCUGGAAGACGAAUCAAGUUCCUUUCUUACAAGAAGAUUUCAAAUAAUUAAAAAAAGGGAAAAGAACAUACACACAUACUGGGUGUCUCAUAACGAUGGGAUACAUUUUAAACGCAACUGGGACUGUAACAAGCAAGGCUACAGCGGCUUAAAUAACGGUAAUGGAAAAGUAGAUUACAUAACUUUCCAUGAGUUGUCAAAUACACUUCCAGAAAAUAACGAAAACCAUGGCAUUACGAAAAACUUAACUGACGUAAGGAUAGUCAAAGACACGACCCACGUAACACCAGUUGCACCAACAACCCUCGAUCAUCGCCUGCUUUGGUUCAUUUUUGCUAUCAGCUUUUUGCUCGCAUUUUCAGUCUCAUUUACCUCCCUUUACACAUAUUACCGUCAAUUAAGAAAACUUAAAGACACAAAUAACAAUAACAUUCAGGUCGAUACCUAUAUAAAAUGUCCUCAAAGGAAAUGGAAUCCGGCAGAUCGAUCGUCAAAUUCCCUGUCACCCCAGCGCAGAUAUAUUCACAGAUACCAAACGGGAAACCACAAAAAAGAUUGCGUGAAACUGUUCAGUAUUAUAAGCGAUGACGACACGGACACAACAGAUGAUGAAACAAUUAUAUUUGAUAUUGAUAAUAUUCCAUAAAACUAAAU